AUGGAUAUCCUACGGCAGUCGUACACAUACGGCAAAUCACCGCUGACCUCUACAUCACGAUCGAAACCAUACCGCGCCUUUCUCUUCGGUGGGAACAUCUCGCAAUCUCUCUCGCCGCUCCUCCACGGCAUCCUGUUCAAGUCAGCCAACGCAGUAUGGUCUUAUGAUAAGGUGCAGACGACUGACCGGUCAGCGUUCGAGGCUCAGCUGGCCGCGAAUGACACCAUCGGCUCCUCCAUCACGAUGCCCAACAAAGUCACAUUUGGCAGCGCCCUCAAUCACCUCACUGAAGAAGCCAGAAUCAUCGGCGCAGUGAAUACGUCAUUUGUCCGGGCCACCCCAGACGGCCGUCGAGUUCAUAUCGGCACGAAUACAGACUGCGUUGGCAUUCGCGAUGCGAUUCUACAACGGUAUCCAGCGGCACCUUCAACAUCCAAAGGCAAGCCAGCUAUGGUGGUAGGAGGGGGAGGGGCGGCGCGCAGCGCCAUAUACGCGCUGUGGAAAUGGUUUGCGCCAUCGGAGAUCUAUAUUUCCAACAGACUCGAUUCUGAGGUGGAGGAUAUCGUGCAAUACUUCCGAACGGCAAUUCCGAAGAUCCAGCUUCGAUAUCUCGAGUCGGUUGAGAGUGCGGAACAGCUGCCAGCACCGUAUAUAAUUAUUGGGACCAUACCGGAUUAUCCUCCGACGCAGCCGGGUGAAAUUCUCUGUGCGCAGAUCUGCGACGCAGUCUUACGGAGGCCGGAGAAAGGGCUUCUUGUGGAUAUGUGCUACAUGCCCUCUCCGCAAACAACGCUGUUGAGGACAGCACAGGACCAGGGAUGGAAUACAGUUAUGGGGACAGAUGUGCUGGUGCGGGUAUGUGUGGCUCAACAGAUUCUGUGGGUUGAAGAAGAGCCGAGUGAAGCUGGUGUUAAACAAGCGUUGGCAGCGAUGAGUGAAAAGACCAAUGCACAGGUAGCAAAACUGUAG